CUCUCUCUGGCAAUGGCGUCCAUCCCGACACCCCCCCAUUGCACUGCAGACUUCUGCCUGAUCCCCAUUGGCACCUCCUCGCCAUCAGUUUCCGCGCAAAUUGCAGAUGUCCAACGUCUGAUCGAGAAAUCGGGGCUGAAAUACGUCAUGCACUCAGCCGGAACCACUCUCGAAGGUUCAUGGGAUGAAGUACAUCGAGUCAUAGGUCAGGCGCACACUUUAUUGCAUCAACAAGGCAUUGUGAGGAUCCAAACUGAUAUUCGCGUCGGUUCAAGGACCGACAAGGUGCAGUCGUUCGAAGAUAAGGUGGCCAAGGUCCAAGAGCUCUUGAAGCAGUAACGCAAAUCA